CUCAAUCGUACAUCAUACUCCUCUGUCUCUCCCACUUUGCCACUUUCUUUAAUUUGCUCUUCCCUUUAGGGUUUUGCAUCUCGAAUUCGAUUUUAUCAUACGUAUAUGGCCGGAAUGAGACUGUUGCCGGAGGACUCCGACGUAACACAACUCCGACCACCGGCAGCAGCCGAUCUGAUUUCCGACGAUGACCGCUCCGUGGCGGCCGACUCUUGGUCCAUAAAGAGCGAGUACGGAAGUACUCUCGAUGAUGAGCAGCGCCACGCUGAUGCCACUGAAGCUCUCAAUUACCGAGCCGAGUACAGUUCUGACAAGGAUGAGCAGGAUGGUGAAGCAGUUUCCUCAAUGCUUGGUUUCCAAAGCUAUUGGGAUUCUGCUUAUGCUGAUGAAUUGGCAAACUUUCGUGAGCAUGGCCACGCUGGUGAAGUUUGGUUUGGUGGCAAUGUCAUGGAAAUUGUUGCCUCUUGGGCCAAAGGUUUGUGCAUGGACAUUUGCCAGGGUCACUUGCCAAAUCACGCAGCUGAUGCCAAUUCUGAGCCAGUUGUGCAGCGUGAGAAGGACUUGUCUGGUUUGAGUGUGCUUGAUAUUGGUACUGGCAAUGGACUGCUUCUCCAAGAGCUUGCUAAACAAGGGUUCUCUGAUCUCACUGGAACUGACUAUAGUGAAGGAGCAGUUGACCUUGCACAAAGCCUUGCUGAUCGUGAUGGUUUCACCAAUGUCAAGUUCUUGGUUGAUGACAUUCUUGACACAAAAUUGGAUAAAAGGUUUCAGCUAGUUAUGGAUAAGGGGACCUUAGAUGCCAUUGGAUUGCAUCCUGAUGGUCCUAUCAAAAGGAUUAUGUACUGGGACUCUGUUUCAAGACUUGUUGCUCCCGGUGGAUUAUUGGUAAUUACAUCAUGUAAUAGUACAAAAGAUGAAUUGGUAGAAGAAGUGGAUACGCUCAAUCAAAGAAGGAAUGCUGCUUGUCAACAACCAGGAGCAGUUGGAGACCGAGAAGCUUCAGUAGAUUCUCCUCCAUUCCGCUAUCUUGAUCAUGUUCGCACCUAUCCUACGUUCUCUUUUGGAGGAUCUGUAGGCUCGCGUGUAGCGACUGUAGCAUUCCUAAGGAACUAGGGGAGGUCAUUGGUCGGUUUGGUACGAUUUUGAAAGAUUGUAUUUUCGGUUUUGGUUUUAAAAUUGUUAUACCAAUACCAUAUCGAAAUAAAUUUGGUAUGGUUCGGUUUUUCAAUUUUCAGUUUCGGUUUGUGCUGUUUGAUAACCUCGGUAUUACUCUUUACAGUUA